UAGAAGCACUGGGAUGACUGGAAUUUAAGAUACUUGAUUCCUGCUCUUACCCUGAGGUAGAGGAAAUAAGUGCAAGAAAUUUCUCCAGCUCAGGCAGUUAAAGGACUUUAAUACGGAACUCUGCUCUGAGAAAAGGGGAAGCCUCUCCUGUGUGGGAUUGAAAUAGAUAUUUGGCAGUUGCCUAGAAUAAACUAAGGCAAAAAUGUCUAUCAUAGAUCCUUAUCAACACAUUGUGGUGGAACACCAGUACUCACACAUAUUCACUGUGACAGUAAGGAAAGCCACAAAUGUCACCAAAGGAGCCAUUGGUGACAUGCUUGACACUCCAGAUCCCUACGUGGAGCUGUUCAUCCCCACUGCCCCUGACUGCAGGAAAAGAACCAAGCAUUUCAACAACGACAUCAACCCUGUGUGGAACGAGACUUUCGAGUUCAUUCUAGACCCCAACCUGGAGAAUGUUCUGGAGGUAACUCUCAUGGAUGCCAACUAUGUUAUGGACGAGACUCUUGGCACAUCCACAUUUCCCAUCUCUUCUCUGAAACUGGGAGAGAAGAAGGAAGUCCAGUUAACUUUCAAUGAUGUCACAGAAAUGACUUUGGAAUUGUCUCUGGAAGUAUGCUCCUCGACAGACCUGCGGUUCAGCAUGGCCCUGUGCGAUGAGGAGAAGAGGUUCCGGCAGCAGCGCAGAGACAACAUCAUGCACAGCAUCAAGUCAUUUCUGGGGGAGAGCAGCCACAACCUGACCACUGCCCGUGAUGUGCCGGUGAUCGCCGUGCUGGGCUCGGGAGGGGGGUUCCGGGCCAUGGUGGGCUUUGCUGGAGUCAUGAAAGCACUCUAUGAGUCAGGAGUCCUGGACUGUGCCACAUACAUUGCUGGCCUCUCUGGAUCCACCUGGUACAUGUCAACUCUGUAUUCCCACCCGGAUUUCCCAGCCAAGGGCCCAAAGGAGAUCAAUGAGGAGCUGAUGCACUCUGUGAGCCACAACCCCCUGCUGCUGCUCACCCCUCAGAAGGUCAAGCGCUACAUCGAGGCUCUGUGGAACAAGAAGAGCUCAGGGCAGCCUGUCACCUUCACAGACAUCUUCGGGAUGCUCAUAGGGGAAACACUGAUCCAUGAUAGGAUGGACACCACUCUGAGCAAUAUGAAAGAGAAGGUCAAUAAUGCCCAGUGUGCUCUGCCACUCUUCACCUGUCUACACGUCAAGCCAGAUGUCUCAGAGCUGAUGUUUGCAGACUGGGUGGAGUUCAGUCCGUACGAAAUUGGAAUGGCCAAGUAUGGCACUUUCAUGUCUCCUGAUUUGUUUGGAAGCAAGUUUUUUAUGGGGACAGUGGUGAAGAAAUAUGCUGAAAAUCCCUUGCAUUUCCUGAUGGGUGUCUGGGGCAGUGCAUUUUCAAUAUUAUUUAACAGAGUCCUUGGUGUCUCCAAUUCUCAGAAUAAAGGGCCCACCAUGGAAGAGGAAUUAGAAAAUAUUAGGCUAAAGCACCUUGUGAGCAACGACAGUUCAGAUAGUGAAGAUGAAUCACAGCAUCCAAAAGGCACUGAGGGCGCAGAGGCAAGGCGGGAGAGGCUCCAGGAGAGCAGCCAGGAGAGCAGCCAGGAGAGCUGGGUGCAGCGCAUGCUGAUGGCGCUGGUGGGGGACAGCGCCCUGUUCAACACGCGCGAGGGCCGCGCUGGCAAGGUGCACAACUUCAUGCUGGGGCUGAACCUCAACAGCUGCUACCCCCUGUCCCCUCUGGCAGAGCUGCUCACACAGGAGUCCCUGGAAGAGGAGGAGCCGGCAGCAGUUGCAGAUCCUGACGAGUUUGAGAGGAUCUAUGAGCCCCUGGAUGUGAAGAGCAAGAAGAUCCACAUUGUAGACAGUGGGCUGACCUUUAACCUGCCCUACCCGCUCAUCCUAAGGCCCCAAAGAGGUGUGGAUCUUAUCAUCUCCUUUGACUUCUCAGCCAGGCCAAGUGAUUCCAGCCCUCCUUUCAAAGAAAUCCUGCUGGCUGAAAAAUGGGCCAAAAUGAACAAGCUUCCUUUCCCCAAGAUAGACCCCAACGUGUUUGACCGGGAGGGUCUGAAGGAGUGUUAUGUUUUCAAACCAAAGGACACCUCCUCAGAGAAGGACUGUCCCACCAUCAUCCACUUUGUGCUGGCCAACAUUGACUUCAGGAAGUACAAAGCUCCAGGCGUUCCCAGAGAAACACAAGAAGAGAAGGAUUUUGCAGACUUUGAUAUUUUUGAUGAUCCAGAUACACCUUUCUCUACCUUCAACUUCCAGUAUCCUAAUGAGGCUUUCAAGAGGCUCCAUGACCUCAUGGAGUUCAACACCCUCAAUAACAUGGAUGUGAUCAAGGAGGCCAUGGUGGAAAGCAUCGAGUACAGGAAGCAGAACCCCUCGCGCUGCUCGGUGUCCCUCAGCAGCCUGGAGGCCAGGAGGUUCUUCAACAAGAGCAGCCUCAACAACAACCACACGUAGAGGCUGUGCCUGGCCCUGCCCUGCCCUGCCCUGCCCAGAAACUGUUCCUGCCUUUGGAACUAGAGUCAGAAGGA